CAGUUUCCGGAAAUGAUGUUCCCUUUCAAUUACAUUCACGUAUCUCCUGUAGAGAUGUCCAAAGGAGUUUUCUCAUACUACUGCCUGGCGAAAGUGAGAGACCUCAAACUCCGAAAUGUACGAGGAUACUUUAUUAGCGCUGACGAUGCCGUUUUCCAAUUUUGGCAUAAGCUCGAUCUAGAAGAAAUUCUUUACCCAAUCUGGGUCAUAGAAAAGCGUUAUCCCUCUGCCUGGUGGCUAACCAAAUAUGGCUUGAAAGCCGCACAGCGUGCCAAAUCUUUAUUUACAAAAAAGUAUCGAGAAGACGCACGAGUGAGGCAUUUGUGGAAGUGUUACAAAGAAGGGGUGGUUGCAAUUAUUCGAUGUUUCAAAACAGAUGGUAAAAGUUUCACUUUGAGCUUCUGGCACAAGGUCAUGCGGAGGACGCGGCUUCACAUGUUGGGAACGAUAAUGGUUGGACAUUAA